CAAGCGGAUUUUUGACAGAUGAUCUGAAUGAAACAUAUUUCAGUCGGUGCACCAAGGAGCAUCAGUGAAACACAUGUUUCUAAUCAGACUGUCAUCGUCGUGAGUUCAUAAAAACUAAAUUGGUUUUCCUUUUUCUUCCAUUUUUUGUGUUUAUCUCGGCGAAAAAGCCAAAAUUACCGUGUAAAUUGCACCGGAGGAAACUGUGGGUGUUUAUUUGUGAGACGGCCAAUUAAAUUGUUAGUAAAUUGCACGAGGUGAGUUAGAAUUUAGCCCCACAAGUGCAGAAUGGAAGCUCUGGAUGUGCUAGAGAAGCGUGUCGAUGCCCUGAAUGAUCUCCUAGGACCCAUACCCGAUGAGGAGGUCUCCAAGGGCGGGGAGAACCUCACAGACUCGCUGACGUCAGCCCACACCUUGUUGACGAGUGCCCUGAGUGGUCGAGAGAACAUUGUUGGGGUUCUCAAUCGCACAGAAGAGCUUGAGAAUUAUUUAGAUCCGAAUUUCUUGGAUGACAAGCAAGAUGUGAAGGCCCAGGAAGUGUAUAUAAAUACAAUAGCCACGGAAUUAGCGGGUAAUUUUGAAAUGCUGGAGAAGAUAAAGUCUCUGGAGCCAACUCUUGGGGCCGAGUACUUCAGCAACAUUCCCGAUGCUAGUGGGAAACUCAAGGAGCUAAGCAAUGCUACGUCUGAGCAAAAGGAUCAGAGUGAAAUGAUUGAGCAGAGUAUCAUUCUGGCUAUUCAGCGGUACAGUGAAAUCCAGGCGGGUAUUAAGGAAUCCCUAAAGAAAAUGAACGACAGGAUAGACGAGCUGGAACAGAGGCUGACGAAGAAGAAGAAGGAUGAGAACGUUUAAAGCUUCAAAAAUGUGAUUCGCAAGUUUUUUUUUAUUCAAAAUUAUUAUUUUCCCUUAUUUACAGCUAUUUAUCAUUUUUUUAACAAUACAUAAUAUACGAUUCAAAACACAUUUACAUAGAGCUAAUAUAUAUACUUACUUUACAUUUUCAAUAAUGUUUUGCUUAAUGUAGAUGGAAUAUGUUGAGAAUUCUAUAAAAUUAAAGUAUCUAGAAAAAAAUCCAUAAAAAUAAUCGAAAA